UACACUCAGGGCUGUCACAGUGUGUCUGUGUGUGCACACAGAAGGCUGCUUCUUACUAGUUUGGUCAACCUCAUAUCCAAAACACACUCAUCAUGACUGCUGUCCAUCGUCUGGUCAUCGUGCGGCAUGGAGAGAGCAGCUGGAACCAGGAGAACCGCUUCUGUGGCUGGUUUGAUGCAGAUCUCAGCGAGAAGGGAACGGAGGAGGCCAAGCGCGGUGCUCUAGCCAUCAAGGAUGCAGGCAUGAAGUUUGAUGUGUGUUAUACUUCUGUGCUGAAGCGUGCCAUCAAGACCUUGUGGACCAUCAUGGAAGGCACAGACCAGAUGUGGUUGCCCGUGGUGAGAACUUGGCGCCUGAACGAGCGUCACUAUGGUGGACUGACUGGCUUGAACAAGGCAGAGACGGCAGCCAAACAUGGAGAGGAGCAGGUUAAGAUCUGGAGACGCUCGUUCGACAUCCCUCCACCACCCAUGGAUAAAGACCACCCCUACCACAAGAUCAUCAGUGAGUCUAGGCGCUAUAAGGGUCUGAAGGAGGGUGAGCUGCCCACCUGUGAGAGUCUGAAGGACACUAUUGCACGGGCCCUGCCCUUCUGGAAUGAUGUCAUUGUCCCUGAGAUCAAAGCUGGCAAGAACGUCCUCAUUGCGGCCCACGGAAACAGCCUGCGUGGUAUUGUCAAGCACUUAGAGAACAUGUCUGAUGCAGCCAUCAUGGAGCUAAACUUGCCCACCGGCAUUCCCAUUGUCUAUGAGCUGGACAAGGACCUGAAGCCUGUGAAGCCCAUGCAGUUCCUCGGGGACGAGGAGACUGUGCGCAAGGCCAUGGAGGCUGUGGCUGCCCAGGGCAAGGUGAAGAAGUGAGACCAGGCAAGAACACAAAGACUGAACCUACUCAAGACUCCCCCUCCUCACCCUGUCCCGCUCAACCUGCCCAAAUCCACUGAACACCAUUCCACCGUCAGAGCACAUUGACACCCCUUUUCCACCAACAUGGUACUGGUUCUCAUUCGGUAAUAUUAGCAGUGCAGCUUCUGUUUAGAAUGUUGCCCUCUUAUAAUAAUAAUUAUUAUUAUUAUCGUUAUUAUUAUUAUUAUUAUUAUUAUUAUUAUUAUUAUUAUUAUUAUAAUGUUUCAUUUAUAUAGCGCCUUUCCAGAGCUCAAGGAUGCUUUACAAUAGUGAUACAAUAAUACAUAAACAAUGACCAAUCAUGGAUAAACACAAAAACACUGAUUCGUGAAUUCUGCCAACAAAUAUUUGAAUUCUUCAAGUACCAUUCUUCAAGUCUUAUUUUAAUGGCAGACGUCUUAAUAGCUUGAUUGAUUGCUGUUUAAAAUGGGUUCCAGACCAGCUGCAUUUUGACCAACCAAGAACCUUAAACGGUUCGUAAAGAGAGCAAUAAACGGUUCCAGAUUAUGCGUUGUUAGUGGAAAAGGGUUGUGAAAUAACCAGAGUCAAAACCAUGUCACAUGACAGAUGUGCCUGUCCUCCCAUUUUAUGUACAAAUAAAUAAAUAAAAACCAUCUUUGCCAUCCACUGUAAAGCACUGCACUGAUUCACAAAGCCCUCAUGUUGGGGUUGCUCCCACUUUAACAAAAUAAAACCACCGCCAUUUUGUGUA